AUGCUGAGCGUCUGGUGGGGAGUUAUGGAAUCUGCCGUUUCGAACUGCUGCCGGACAACACGACAGUUACUGCCGAGGUCUACUGCGCUCAAAUGCAAAGAAUGGCCGACAAAAUCUUGGAAACUCUGGAAGAAAAUUCUGGAGCUCGAAUGGGAAGUUCUUCCGCACCCAGCGUUCAGCCCGUACUUGGCCCCGAGCGACUACCACCUCUUCCGAUCACUUCAGCAUCACCUGGAAGAGAAGCGCUACGAUGAUCGUGAUCACCUAGAAAAUGACCUUCGGGCUUUCUUCGCCUCCAAGUCGCCGGAGUUCUACGCCAAAGGAAUCCGUGAUCUUGUGAGGGGUUGGCAGAAGGUUGUCGAUACUGAUUAUUAG